CCUGCCUUACACUUCCCGCCUCCCGGAGGCUGAGCGUCCUGCAGAGUUGCGAGUGGCCUGCUCGACUUCGCCCCAGAACUCACCUGCCGGCGCACUCCCGGGCUGUGACCAGCCUGACUCAUUCAGGUGACACUCUAGGCCAAGGUUUCUUUUGGAGGGAGAGUGCGCUGGGUAGCUCAGACGCAGACACCCCGGGGACCAGGGACAAGGCAGCGAUGGCAAGAGAGCUGAGCCAGGAGGCUCUACUGGACUUUCUGUGCCAGGCCGGAGGCCGAGUGACCAACGCCGCGUUGCUGAGCCACUUUAAGAGCUUCCUGCGAGACCCAGACGCGCCCCCCAGCCAGCACCAGCAGCGUCGCGAGCUCUUCAAGGGCUUCGUGAACUCGGUAGCCGCAGUGCGCCAGGACCCCGACGGCACCAAGUACGUGGUGCUCAAGAGGAGGUACCGGGACCUUCUGGGGGAGGAGAGGUUGCAGCGACCCCGAGAGCCGUACUCAGCCGCUGCCGCUGCAGAGCGAGCUACGACCCGCCCCGGGCCAGCUGCGCGCCGGGGCCGGGGCCGGGGCCGGGGCCGGGGCCGGGGCGGGGGCGACAGCGAGCUGCCACCGCUGCAGACCGGGCUGCGGGAGGAGGAGCCGGAGGAGGAGGAGCCAGCAGGUGCCCCGGCUCGAGCCACCAACUCUGGUUGCAACGGAGUGCCGGCCAGCUGCGCCCAGGAGGCGGCCAGGGAAGACCGCGGCGGUAGGUGCAACCCUAGCCAGAGGGCGCCGGGGCCCACGGCUGCCGUGGUACCUGCUCAGGCCCGAGGCAGGUGCGCGGCUGCGGAGACGCUAGGCAGCUGCUGCUGGGAAUGCCAACAGAACAGCUUGGGGAACCUAGCGGGACAGCCACGACCCAGCGCUACCCCGAUCCCUGCCACCACAUGGGAGGAGCCUGCGCGCCUUCCAACAGGCCUGGAUGACCCCAGCUCUUCUGCCACCGUCGAGGCUGCUGGGAGCCCGGCGACCCCGCCCGCCCUUCGGCCCCGCCCUGCUCCCUCUGGAGACCCACCGGGGCUGUUUACCCCGGGCUCCCUGUCCCAGUCGAGCCUGCAGCAGCAGCAGCAGCAGCAGCAGCAGCAGCAGCAGCAGCAGCAGCGUACUCGAGAGUGGGUGGCCAGACACCCUCAAAUGCCCGAGGCCCGCCCCCAGGGGCCCAUUCGGGCCUGGUCUGUGCUGCCAGACAACUUCCUCCAGCUAUCCCCCGACCCUGUCAUUUGGGUCUCAGAGACUAACUUGGCGCUGUCAGAGACCCCUCGUUCUUCUCAUAUUGUCUUUCCCGAGGUCCCAGAUGAGUCCUCUGGAUCCUGUCCCGGGAACCCUUCCCAGACUGUCUUUCGGAGCAUUCGUUGCCAGCUGUCCCUGCAGGAUCUGGAUGAUUUUGUGGACCAAGAGAGCCACGGCAGUGAGGAGAGCAGCAGUGGUCCCAAAGAGUCCCCCGGGGGUUCUGAAGAGGGCCUGCAAGCUGUCCUGGGAAGCCCAGAUUGGGGAAAGCUCACAAAUCCAUCCGGGGGGCUAUCCCUAUCUCCAAGGAAAGAUAGUUCCCGCAGAAGUCCUCAGGGCCUCGGGAACAGAGGGGAUAGCCAUAGCCCUCAGCACGUCCCAACAGGACUUAAGGGCCUUGUAGGCUACCUCCAGGAUCCUUUGCCUUGGCCAGCUCCCAAGUUUCGGAGGUCCCUCAGGAGGAGCUCUAGGGCUGAGAGAGCCAAAUCAUUCUCAUCUGAUGAGGAAUAUCUUGAUGAGGACAUGCUGAAAAGAAAUCGGCGCCCACCUCGAUCCAGGAAACCUUCCAAGGCAGUAGUUGUACCCAGCCCAAGGAUGGAUGUAGCCUUGGUCCAGAAACUGACAGAUGUUAAAGAAGUUAUGGCGGAGCAACACAGUUUAUGGGUCCCCAGCACGGAUGGGCCUGCAGCCUUGGUACCCCACAGACUUUCUGAGCACAAGUCAUCCUUGGUCCCCCUAGAUGCUAGGGAGCAUGAGUGGAUUGUGAAGCUUGCUAGUGGCUCCUGGAUUCAGGUGUUGACUUUGUUCUGGGAGGAUCCCCAGCUGGCUUUGUACAGAGACUUCCUGACAGGAUACACUGCCUUACACUGGAUAGCCAAGCAUGGAGACCUUGGGGCCCUUCAAGCCUUGGUUUCUGGAGCCCAGAAGGCAGGGAUUGCACUUGAUGUUAAUGUGAAGUCCAGUUGUGGCUAUACCCCACUGCACCUUGCAGCUAUUCAUGGCCACCAGGAAGUCAUCAAAUUGCUAGUGCAAAGGUUGGCUUCUCGGGUCAAUGUCCGAGACAGCAGCGGGAAGAAGCCAUGGCAGUAUCUGACAAGUAAUACCUCUGGGGAGAUAUGGCAGCUCCUGGGAGCUCCUCGGGGCAAGCCCAUUUUCCCUGUUUAUCCCUUAGUUCAAAGCUCAUCUCCCACCAGAAAGGCCAAGAGUAAAGAAAUGACUAGAAAUAUUACCCGGAAGACUUCCUUGGCUGCACUACUCAAACAUCAGCACAGCAAAUGGAAAUUGUCCAACCAGUAUGAGAAAUUCCAUGCCCUAAAAGAAAGAGAAGAGUAUAGUGACUGAAGUGGGCCCCUUUCUCCAGCGGGCAGAUACUACCUCCUGUAACUCCACCACACAGUAGUCUUUGAGCUGCUCAGUAAGAGAAUUCAGGGAGAAUAGAAAUUGCUUGGAGUUGGUAAUGAGAGAAGUCAAAUUAAAUGGCUUGGAUUUCAGUGGACUCCAGGGAUCAUCUCAGUUUUUUGAUGGCUCAUGUGCUUAGGCUGUGAAAACUAGGCAAGGGCAGAACAAGGAACUCAAACCCUGGGUGGGAUUCCUCCCUCUCCUGAGACACCAUGGAUCUGAGUACAGUAAGCCACAUUAAUUUCUGAAGCAACAGUCCCAGACCUUGGCAAGAGAAGGAACAGAUGUGUCACAAAAGGGACAAUUAGAGGAACUGACAAAGCUCAAACUGCUCUCUGGCUAGUAGCUCUCUGGCUGGUAGCUCUCUGGCUUCUGUUCAUCUGGAGAAUAAAUCUUGGCUGAGAAUGGAAAGUACCAGAUUGGAAAUCAGAUGGCUUUCUUUAUAUGCUUUGUGGCAUUCAAAUCAGCAAUGUAAAAUUAUUACUGGAAAGUAUAAAAUUUGAUGUAAGGGAUUCCUCACUCUUCCUCUGAAUCUCACCUUUCUUGGCUAAGGUGUGAACUAAUUACUGCCUCUUGUGUGUCUGCAGCACUGAUCAGAGAAGCACUUAGGUAUGAUCCAGUUGUGACCUUCAUUCUACUCCCUAGAGAAAUGAUUGCCAUUCAGACCUAGAUUUUUAGUUCACUCAAAAGUAGCUUUCCAAAUGUAAACACAGUGUGGCUAAAUUGCAUAGUGGCUGAAACCAUUUUUCAGUAAAGUUCCUUAUGUAGCAAACAGAAUCAUCACUAGCAGUUUUCAGUAGGUUGGAAUGGUCAAGGUUAAUAUUCACAGAAGAGAGAAAUAAUCAUUCUAGGGAAACAGUAAGGUGUAACCCAUUAGAACUUUAUUAAGCUGCUAAAAAAAAAACCUUAUUUGCACUAAUCUUCUUGCCAAUUAAGAUUAAA